AUGUCGAGCGUCGACAUCCCUGGCAAUCUCAGCCUGGCGGCUGAUCCGUCGCAGGCCAGCUCCCACUCCACAAGCUGGAUAGCGGAGCAUACCAUAGUCGCGUGCCUCAUCGGAAUCGCGUGGUACAAUGCAUUGGAGCUGAUUGUCCUGUGCUUCACCACCUUCAAACGCUAUGGAGGCUGUUACUUCUGGUGUCUCCUCAUCUCUUCCUUCAGCAUCAUCCCGUUCGGCCUCGGAUACCUCCUCAUAAUCUACAACAUCUACAGCAACCUCUUCCCCGUAGUGAUGGAAUUGAUCGCCUGGGUAGGGAUGGUGACUGGCCAAUCCCUAGUCCUCUGGUCACGACUACACCUCGUCUGCCACAAUCAAAACGUCCUCCGCGCCACCCUUGCCAUGAUCAUCGUCGACGCCAUCAUAUUCCACGUCCCAGGCUCCGUCCUCGAACUUGGCAGCCACUCGAACAAAUCGUACCUCUUCAUGCGCGGCUUCGACAUCUUCGAGCGCAUCCAAUUGGUUGGCUUCUCCAUCCAAGAAAUCAUCCUCUCCAUUAUCUACUCCUAUGAAGCCGUGCGCCUACUCAACCUCCGCCCAAGAAGCCAGUACCGAGGCACACUCGUCCAGCUCCUCAUCGUGAACAUCGUCAUGAUACUCAUGGACGCAGCCGUCAUCGGAGUCCAGUACUCCGGUCUCUUCGAUAUCCACGUCACCCUCAAGGCAAUGGUCUACAGCGUCAAGCUGAAGCUGGAAUAUGCAAUCCUGGGCAAGUUGGUCGUAAUCACCGAAAUGAGUGGCAGCAACUCCGCCCCGACCGAUCUGUCCGAUUUCGUGGAUCUCUCUUUCCACAAUAAUUCAACGCCGCAGCCUGAUAGCGAGAGCCAGGCUCGGCCCCUCGAUCACCCUGAGUAUGGUGUUCAUACUCGUGUGCGAGUCUCUUCUAAGGGCUCCUCUCAUGAUCCGCUACGACGUAGUCUCUCUGCUGCUCCGAGUCCGAGUUCGAGUAACUCGGGCUCAUGA